AUGUCUACACCACAACACCCCCCCUUCCGCACCGCCCGUCUUCAAUUCGACCCCCUCCUCGACAAACACGCAGACGGCAUGCACGCCCUCCGCGCCCUCCCCGAAGUCAUGAAAUGGAGUAUGCGAAAAGUCCCCGACGCGGACGUCGCCGCGACACAGGCGUGGAUGGAGGCGUUUACCGGCGUGCAUGCGCCGCCGCGUGUGGGGUAUGUUGUGCGUGUACUCGAGGAUGGUAAUGAGGGCAAGGAUGAGGUGGUGGGUGGGUGGGUGCUAAGGAUGCCAGGGCGGAUCAUCGGCUCCAUCGGGCUGCGGUAUGAGGAGGUCGGGCUGGUGCGCGGCGGCCGCGCGUGGGAGCUGGGGUAUAUCUUCCACCCUGAUGUUUGGGGCAAAGGGUAUGCGACGGAGGCGGUUCGGGGGUUGCUGGGGGUGUGGGAGGGAGUUUACGAGGGGUUGCAGUGGGAGGGUAAGGAGCGCGGGGAGGUAGGGCCGGCGGUGGCAGCGGUGACGGAUACGGGGAAUGAGGGGAGUAAGAAUGUGCUGCGCAAGUGUGGGUUUCGGGAGUUGGGGGAGGAGACGGAUGAGCUUGGGACGGUGUGUUUGAUUUAUGGGCUGGAUCUGGGGGUAUGA